AUGGGGGACAACAUAGUGGAGGUGUUGUCAAAAUACGACCACACGGAAAAACAUUACAUCGGAAUGUAUUCGGACAAUAUAAAAUCAAAUAUUCACUUGUCCUUUGAAAUGGCAUUCGGAGGAGGAGGAUAUGCUAUAAGCUAUCCUCUGGUGGAGGCUUUGGUAAGUCUUUGUUUGGCUGAUUUGGGCGUUGAUCUUACCCUCCAGAAAGGAUUUCAUCAGUUUAACAUGCGACAGAUGGAUCUGCGCGGUGACGUAUCGGGCUUUCUCUCAUCUCAUCCAAAUGCUCCUCUUCUCAGCCUCCACCACUUCGGGACUGUCGCACCACUUUUCCCGGGUAUGGACAGUCCUGACUCAGUACUUCAUUUCAUGAAAGCGGCCAACGUGGACCAAUCACGGAUGCUACAACAGUCGAUUUGCCACGUCAGAGUCAGUAGCUGGACCUUCUCGGUCUCGUGGGGAUACUCUGCUCAUAUCUAUGAGAAGAUGUUCCCACGCAGCCACUUGAAGCGUCCCAUCGAGACAUUCCGUCCUUGGCAACGAGGACGGCCGACUUACAUGUUCGACACGAGACCGCUUUCUCGAGAUCCAUGUGAAGCCCCUCACUGGUUCUUCUUCGAUUCGACUGAACAAGAGAACGAAAUAGUUGUUACUUCUUACACAAGGAAGUUCCCAAGAAACAUGACUUCUUGUUCCUUCUCCGGGAAUAUUUCUGCGGAUUUUAUUGCUUCGAUCCGAGUCUUUUCUCCCAUAACACCCAAACAGGGAAGAAAAGUGGAAUGUUGCGACGUGGAACAUGAUGGUGCAGAUGUUUCCAUAGCGAUAUCCGGUGCUCUACUUUUUUUGUUACACACAUUUGCGUUUAACCAUCCUCAUAAAAUGAUAACUCAUAAACUCUUUGCGCCUCUCGACCUUACCUUCUCCUCCUCAGAAACACACGCACCAUCACAUUCAUUGCAAAUAUCCAGAGAGCCUCCUACAAAUAUCAGCCAUCUAUUCUUUGUCAUCGUUGGUAGUACAAGGACUUGGAGAUAUAGGAGAGGCUACAUAGAGCCUUGGUGGAGACCAAACAUCACAAGAGGACAUGUCUUCCUAGAAAGACCACCUGGUCGUGAUCUCUUGCCCUGGCCUCUCCAGUCUCCUCCUUUCUCUGUUAACAAAAACUCUUUCGCCACAAACAUAAAAUUCAAGACUCAGAUCCGCCUUUUUCAAUCGCUCCAUGAGUCGUUUAACAAGGCGCCCAAGGAGACAAGAUGGUUUGUAAUAGCGGAUGAUGACACCCUUUUCUUCUUGGACAAUCUAGUCCAAGUUCUCGACCGGUACGACCACAAGAAACACUAUUAUAUCGGGAUGAACUCUGAAAACGUCUGGUCGAAUGCUAUUUUCGCUUUCGACAUGGGAUAUGGAGGAGGAGGAUAUGCACUGAGCUAUCCAACUGUGGAAACACUAUUAAACAAAAUGGAAGAUUGUAUUGGGAGAUACCUUGGAGUUUAUAGCGAUCUUCUCUCAUUUCGUUGCUUGGCCGACUUGGGAAUUGAUCUUACUUUGGAGAAAGGCAUGCACCAGAUUGAUCUGCACGGUGACAUAUCAGGUCUCUUAUCAGCUCAUCCUCAAACUCCUCUUAUCAGCCUCCACCAUUUCGAUGUCAUAAACCCGAUUUUCCCAGCCAUGAACCGCCAAGACUCCGUAAACCAUCUCAUGAAAACCGCGAGAACCGACCAAUCCCGUGUCCUGCAACAAACGAUAUGUUACCAACGAGGUAACAAUUGGUCGGUCUCUGUCUCUUGGGGCUACUCAGUCCACAUUUACCAGUCUAUAUUCCCAAGAAACUACUUGAAACGCCCUCUCGAAACGUUCCGGCCAUGGAAGAAUGUUAGAAUCCCGUCGUAUACUUUUAACACGAGACGGGUGACUCAUGAUCCGUGCGAGAUGCCUAGUCAGCUUUUCUUUGAUUCGGUUGUGGUGGACAAGAACCAAAGCUCGGUAACGACUACGUACACGGUGAAAACGGCGAGUAGUCUGCCUCCUUGUUUGACAAAUGGCAACCAUUCCGCUCGUAACAUUUCACAAGUCCGAGUCAUUGCUGCUACUAUACACAAGAUGGGUGAAGGAAUCGAAUGCUGCGAUGUGCAAAAUGUUAACAGUACGGAGAUUUUGGAAGUGAAGAUAAGAGCUUGUCAUAAAGAUGAAAUUCUUGCUUAG